AGCAUUUUUCAUGUGCCAUACGUUGUAGAAGUUAAUAUGCAGAGGUGUGUCUCUUUAUUAUUGGUGGUGCUAUAUAUAGUGGGUGAUGUGGAGCCUAGGAGAAGUGAAGUCCUACCGCAAACCAUGUCUUAUCCUCCGAUACAGGCUCUACACUUGCUGCUCCUUCUCUUCUUAAUACCUUCUUCCAUUGCUAUUCCAUACACUGAAGUUUGUCAGGGAUUGUUCCGUAAAGUUCUUAGCGAAGAUAUUGAAGAUGUAGAGCCAGUUGAGGCAGGAGUCAUUGAAUUGCAGCUCAACUCCACUCGGAAAGUUUUAAACGGAACUGAGCUCGUCUUUGUAUGGAGUAUGGAUACUGUCCCUCGCUCGGAGUCUUUUGAAAUCUUAUUAAAAUUUGAUUGCUUCCAUUUUGAGGAUUCAUUGGUUCGAUUUGGAGGGUCCUCAUUUGGUAGAGUCAAUCUGACAUCACCGCUAGAUUAUAAUUGUUCGGUUCUGACAUGUUUUCGAAUUCCCUUUUUUGGAAAUGAGGCAUACUACCGGAUGUUUGGACCUUAUCAAAGUCACCAAAAAAGCAACAUUAUAGAAGUAUCUAGUAGUCCCGGUCCCUCCUCCACUACAAUCCCUACUGAUGGCACCUCCUCUGUGUAUUCCUCUGUCUCCUACUCCACAUUCCUUGAAGAUGAUGAAUUUGAUGAUGACUUCUAUGCUACAAAAUUCACAAUAUCAUCACCUUCUACUUCCAUGCCAUACACUAAUACAAAGACACCACUGCAUAAUCCUCCUAGUGCUACUACUAGUAUUGAUAGAGUCAUUGAAGGGACUUUUACUAGUGGUAGUUAUUCUUCUGUCUCUUCCGAUGCUGUUCAAUCCACGAUGAGUUCAAGGUUGACAUCAUCUGUUUCUAUACUGACACCAAUUGAGAGUGGAUCAGUUCAAGGAUCAGGAAAUCAGACACAAGAUUAUACAAAUCAAGUUAUUUUUGCAGUAGUUUCAUCAAUAAUUUUAACUACAACACUAAUUGUGUGUGGAAUGGUUGCAUGGACAACUGCCAGAAAAUGCCUUUCAAGAAAGAAGAUUGCUAAAGAGAUCCAAGAAAAUUUGGGAAAAACUGAGCUUCUUCUUGUCCAUGUCACCCCCUCUCCAUCACUCUACACUAUCAUCUCACCUCUCCAGACAUUCACUGCCUCAUAUAAUGACACCAGCAAUGACUCCAAAUCCGACAUUAAAGACACCACCACAUCAUCAUCACCAUCAUCAUCAGCAAUACCAUCACCUCCAGUUUCCCCCACAUCAUCAGACAACCUUUUCACCAGUAAAACAGACUCAUUUAUCUCACACAGAAUAUCAACAAAACCAGUUAAUACUUCAAUGUCUACUGACACUCUCUCCUCAUAUGAUAGCUGCUCUAUAGAAGUCACAGAGACUGCAGCUUUAAAAAGACAUUUACCAGCAAGUACACCCCAGCCUACAGCCUUGCCUCCUGUAGAGUUGCUUCAGUUGGAGCUGGAGCCUGGCCACACUUCAUCAAGUUCAGACUGGUCAUCUUCAGGUAGCUGCAUUACUUAUUAUAAAGUUUUUGAAAGAAGGAGGGAUAGAGUGGAAGGAGAGGUUGAUAUCAGUGGAGAUAAGACUUGUAGUACUUACUCUGAUCGCGACGAUCAUCAUCAUCAUCAUCAUCAUCGUUAUAGUUUGCUAGAUCAUUUUUCUUCAUCUCAAACUACUGGACACACUUACAUUCAGGACUGCAACAGUUUUAACAGCUCCUGUAGUUGAAAUUAACUGGGAGAUCUUGUUAUUAUAAUAAUCAUUGACAAUUCAUAUCAUUUAUUCAUUUCAAAUCAAUUAUUAUUAUUCAAA